UUCAAAGUGUUUUUAAUGUUGCUGGAACAUCAAGUAAUAGCUACCAUGGAUAAAAUCUCCUCGUUUGACGAUUAUGUAUGGCCAAACAGAUAUCUACUCAAUUCCAUCGGAUUUUGGCCUAAGGAGUCUAAUGAAUCAUGCAUCUCACGAAUGCUCACCUACUUUCGAAUAAUAUUAUCUAUUUUCCUUAUCAGUACAAUAUUUUUGCCCGAAAUUUUCACCAUGAUUAAGUAUAGGCACAACAUCGCCAUCAUAACAGGUUCAGCUCCACGGCUGUUUAAAAAAGUUGUCAAACACAUAUUAACAAGUUUGAGAGGAGACGGUAUCAAAUCGUUGGGCUUCAGCAUUAAGUGGGGCAAGAUAUCAUUACUAGACGUCGGCAGUGUAGCAAUAGAAAUGAGUCAACUGAUCUUCAAAGUGUACUACAUGCUGGCACGACGAGAGAAAUUUUAUAAAAUUUACAAGAGCGCCAAGGAACUCUGGUCCAUAACAAGUGAUCACACAGAGCGGAGACACUUGGAGAAAUUGGCGAAGCUAGCCAAUCGCGCUAGUAUCGGUCUCUUCAGCGUGGGAAUGGCAAAUCUAUUCACUUUCUCAACUGUUUCGACUGUUCUUACAAUCAAUAACUAUCGUCGAUCGAACAAUACGAAUUAUGUUCAUUAUUUUCCACUGAAUAUUGAAUAUGGUAUCAUUGACACGCAACGCUCAUCCAACUUCGGAAUCGUGCUGUGCUCACAAAUAAUAGCAAUGAUCUGCAGUAUCAUUGGCAUUGCUGGCUUUGAUUCUACUACGAUGACCCUGAUAUUGCACCUUUCCGGACAAUUCCGCCUUGUGGCCGCGAGAUUUCGUAAACUUGGCAACAUAAUGACGCUUGGAUUGCUAGAAUUUCAAACGAAGGUCGAGGAAUGUAUUAGUCAUCACCAAAAAACUUUAAGGAUAGCAAACGAGACGAGGGAACUCCUGGCCCCAGUGAUCUUCGUCCAACUGAUGUCUAGUGGCCUGGAAAUAUGCCUUAGUAUUUUCAUGCUAGUAAGGGGUGGUAGCAAUACAGAAGUGACAAAAUACAUUAUCUACGCCGUCACAAUGUUCGUUCAAUUGGUUCUGUGGUGUUUGCCGGGUGAGCUGAUCAUGCAAGACAGCAUGUCCGUGGGAAACGUCAUUUAUCACGAACUUCCUUGGUAUCGGCUUCCUGUCAGUCAGCAAAAAGAUCUGUUUUUCGUCAUGGCUAGAGCUAGAAGAAGCUGCUGCGUCACAGCUCUUAAAUUUCAGGUCAUGUCGAUCAGCAAACUCGCUGAGGUUUUUAAUACAGCAGCAUCUUACUUUGCACUCUUGCGAAGCGUGACAGACAAAUCAGUUUAA